AGCUGUCCGCGGCCGCUGAGGCGACUGAGGGGAAAAUGUCUCGGACCGUGACAGUUGUGGCGGCUCGGGUUGUGGUGGCGGCUCAGGCUCAGGCAGCGUGAGGUGAAGAGCGGUCGGAGCGGCGAGGGUCUUGAUAUUUUGGAAGCUCCAAGAAAAAAUUAGAUUAGGAAAAGUUUGUUCUUAUAAGUGGACAUGGCUCAGAUAUCCAGCAAGAAUGAAUUUAAGCAGUGUUCAUCUUCAUGUCUCGAACAAACCAGAACAAAAGAUGUGGGAAAAGAAGAAGCAUUACAAAUGGAAGCAGAGGCUUUAGCAAAAUUGCAAAAGGACAGACAAGUGACUGAUAAUCAGAGAAGUUUUGAGUUGUCAACCAACACCAGACAAAAAGCACAAGUUUAUAAUAAACAAGAUUAUGAUCUCAUGGUGUUUCCUGAGUCAGAUACCCAAAAAAGAGCAGUAGAUAUUGAUGUAGAAAAGCUUACCCAAGCUGAACUUGAGAAACUAUUGUUGGAUGACAGUUUUGAGACUAGGAAAACACCAGUAUUGCCAGUUACUCCUGUUCUUAGCCCUUCAUUUUCAACACAGCUCUAUCUUAGACCUACUCUUCAGAGAGGACAGUGGCCACCUGGAUUAUCUGCGCCUUCCACCUACACUUUACCUUCCUUUUACCAGUCAACAUACAGUAGUAAACAGACAGCAUUCCAAAAUGGCUUGAAUCCAAGGAUGCCUACUUUUCCUCCUGCAGAACCUAUAUAUUUAAGUAUUCCAGGACAGUCUCCAUAUUUUUCAUAUCCUUUGACACAUGUUGCACCCUUUCAUCCACCAGGAAGCUUACCUAUCUAUCGUCCAACAGUCAAUCCUGACAUGGCAAAACUGUUUGACAAAAUAGCUAGUACAUCAGAGUUUUUAAAAAAUGGAAAAGCAAGGACUGAUUUGGAGAUAACAAAUUCAAAAACUGCAAUCAGCAAUCUACAGGUAUCUCCAAAGUCUGAAGAUAUUAGUAAAUUUGACUGGUUAGAUUUGGAUCCACUAAGCAAGCCUAAGAUGGACAAUGUGGAAGUGCUAGAUCAUACGGAAAAUGAGAAAAUUGCUCAAGGUUUGCCAAUGGAAGAUCCUUGGGAUGCUGUUCUUCUUGAAGAGAGAUCUUUAGCAAAUUGUCACCAUGAAAGAAAGGUGAAUGGAAAAUCUUUUUCUGGAGCAACUGUAACAAGAAGCCAGUCUUUAAAUAUUCGAACAACUCAAUUUACAAAAGUCCAGGGCCAAAUGUGUCAGAAAGACCCAAAUGGGACCAGAAGUUUGCCAACUGGAAGUUCUCUUUUUCAAGAAGUUGAAGUACAGAAUGAGGAGGUGGCAGCUUUUUGUGAAUCCAUUACAAAAUUGAAGACCAACUUUCCAUAUACCAGUCACUGCACAAAUCCAGGCUAUUUGUUAAGUCCAGUCAUACUGCAAAGAAACAUCUGUGGAGAAAAUGCCAGUGUGAAGGUCUCUAUCGAAAUUGAAGGAUUUCAACUACCAGUUACUUUUACAUGUGAUGUGAGUUCGACUGUAGAAAUCAUUAUAAUGCAAGCCCUUUGCUGGGUACAUGAUGACUUGAACCAAGUAAAUGUUGGCAGCUAUGUUCUGAAAGUUUGUGGUCAAGAGGAAGUACUACAGAAUAACCAUUGCCUUGGAAGUCAUGAACAUAUUCAAAACUGUCGAAAAUGGGACACAGAUAUUAAACUACAACUCUUAACUGUCAGUGCAAUGUGCCAAAAUCUGGCCCGAACAGCAGAAGAUGAUGAAACACCUGUGGAUUUAAGCAAACACCUCCAUCAAAUAGAAAAACCUUAUAAAGAAGUCAUGACAAGACACCCUAUUGAAGAACUUUUGGAUUCUUAUCACAACCAGGUGGAACUAGCCCUUCAAAGUGAUAACCAGCACCGAGCAAUAGAUCAAGUAAUUAAAGCUGUACGAAAAAUCUGUAGUGCUUUAGAUGGUGUAGAGACCCUUGCCAUUACUGAAUCAGUAAAGAAACUAAAGAGAGAAGUUAAUCUUCCAAGAAGUAAAAGUGCUGAUGUGACUUCACUGUCUGGAGGAGACACUGGCAGGUGUUCAUCUAGGGGCUCACUGAAUCCUGAAAAUCCUGUUCACGUAAGCAUGGAUCAGUUAACUGCAGCAAUUUAUGAUCUUCUUAGACUCCAUGCAAAUUCUGGUAGGAAUUCUGCAACCUGUGCCCAAAGUAACAGGAACAUCAAGGAAGCAUGGACCACAACAGAACAGCUCCAGUUUACCAUUUUUGCUGCACAUGGAAUUUCAAGUAACUGGGUAUCAACUUAUGAAAAAUACUACUUGAUAUGCUCCCUGUCUCACAAUGGAAAGGAUCUUUUUAAACCUAUUCAGUCAAAGAAGGUUGGCACUUAUAAGAAUUUCUUCUAUCUUAUUAAAUGGGAUGAACUAAUAAUUUUUCCCAUCCAGAUAUCACAAUUGCCAUUAGAAUCACUUCUUCACCUUACACUUUUUGGAAUUUUAAAUCAGAGCAGUGGAAGUUCUCCUGAUUCUAAUAAGCAGAGAAAGGGGCCAGAAGCUUUGGGCAAAGUUUCUUUACCUCUUUUUGAUUUUAAACGGUUUUUAACAUCUGGAACUAAACUUCUAUAUCUUUGGACUUCUUCACAUACAAAUACUAUUCCUGGAACAGUCCCCAAAAAAGGAUAUGUGAUGGAAAGAAUAGUGUUACAGGUUGAUUUUCCUUCUCCUGCGUUUGAUAUCAUUUACACCACUCCUCAAGUCGACACCAUCAUACAACAGCACAACUUUGAAACACUGGAAAAUGAUAUAAAAGGAAAACUUCUUGAUAUUCUUCACAGAGACUCAUCAUUUGGACUUUCUAAAGAAGAUAAAGCCAUUUUGUGGGAGAAACGUUAUUACUGUCUGAAACACCCAAAUUGUCUUCCUAAGUUAUUAGCAAGUGCCCCAAACUGGAAAUGGGUUAAUCUUGCCAAAACGUACUCAUUACUCCAACAGUGGCCUCCAUUGCACCCACUGACUGCAUUGGAACUUCUUGAUGCAAAAUUUGCUGAUCAGGAGGUGAGGUCUCUAGCAGUGACCUGGAUUGAGGCUAUUAGUGAUGAUGAGCUAACAGAUCUUCUACCACAGUUUGUGCAGGCUUUGAAGUAUGAAAUUUACUUGAACAGUUCAUUAGUACGCUUUCUUCUGUCCAGAGCAUUGGGAAAUAUACAGAUAGCACACAACUUAUAUUGGCUCCUUAAGGAUGCCCUGCAUGAUGCCCACUUUGGUGCCCGUUAUGAAUAUAUUUUGGGUGCUCUCCUCUCAGUAGGAGGAAAAGGUCUCAGAGAAGAACUUUUGAAACAGACAAAACUUGUGCAGCUUCUAGGAGGAGUAGCAGAAAAAGUAAGGCAGGCUAGUGGAUCAACCAGACAGGUUGUCCUCCAAAGGAGUAUGGAAAGAGUACAGUCUUUUUUUCUGAGAAAUAAAUGUCGUCUACCUCUCAAUCCAAGUCUUGUGGCAAAGGAAUUAAAUAUUAAGUCUUGUUCCUUCUUCAGCUCUAAUGCAGUGCCCCUAAAAGUCACAAUGGUAAAUGCUGAUCCCAUGGGGGAGGAAAUUAAUGUCAUGUUUAAGGUUGGUGAAGAUCUUCGGCAAGAUAUGUUAGCUUUACAGAUGAUAAAAAUUAUGGACAAGAUCUGGCUUAAAGAAGGAUUAGAUCUGAGGAUGGUGAUAUUCAAAUGUCUUUCAACUGGCAGAGAUAGAGGCAUGGUGGAACUAGUUCCUUCUUCUGAUACCCUCAGGAAAAUCCAAGUGGAAUAUGGUGUGACAGGAUCCUUUAAAGAUAAACCACUUGCAGAGUGGUUGAGAAAAUACAAUCCCUCUGAAGAGGAAUAUGAAAAGGCUUCUGAGAAUUUUAUCUAUUCUUGUGCUGGAUGCUGUGUAGCCACCUAUGUUUUAGGCAUCUGUGAUCGACACAAUGACAAUAUAAUGCUUCGAAGCACAGGACACAUGUUUCACAUUGACUUUGGGAAGUUUCUGGGCCAUGCACAGAUGUUUGGUAGCUUCAAAAGGGAUCGGGCCCCUUUUGUGCUGACCUCUGAUAUGGCAUAUGUCAUUAAUGGAGGUGAAAAGCCCACCAUCCGAUUCCAGUUGUUUGUAGACCUCUGCUGUCAGGCCUACAACUUGAUAAGAAAGCAGACAAAUCUCUUUCUCAACCUCCUUUCAUUGAUGAUUCCUUCAGGGCUACCAGAACUUACAAGCAUUCAAGAUUUAAAAUAUGUGAGAGAUGCGCUUCAACCACAAACUACAGAUGCAGAAGCUACAAUUUUCUUUACUAGGCUGAUUGAAUCAAGUUUGGGAAGCAUUGCCACAAAGUUUAACUUCUUCAUUCACAAUCUUGCUCAACUGCGAUUUUCUGGUCUUCCUUCUAAUGAUGAGCCCAUCCUUUCAUUUUCACCCAAAACAUAUUCCUUUAGGCAAGAUGGUCGAAUUAAGGAAGUCUCUGUUUUCACUUAUCAUAAGAAAUACAAUCCAGAUAAACAUUAUAUUUAUGUAGUCCGAAUUUUGAGGGAAGGACAGCUUGAACCAUCAUUUGUCUUCCGGACAUUUGACGAGUUUCAGGAACUCCACAAUAAGCUCAGUAUUAUUUUUCCACUUUGGAAGUUACCAGGCUUUCCUAAUAGGAUGGUUCUAGGAAGAACAAACAUAAAAGAUGUAGCAGCCAAAAGAAAAAUUGAGUUAAACAGUUACCUACAGAGUUUGAUGAGUGCUUCAACAGACGUAGCAGAGUGCGACCUUGUUUGUACUUUUUUCCAUCCUUUACUUCGUGAUGAGAAAGCUGAAGGAAUAGCUAGGUCUGCAGCUACAGGUCUCCUCAGUCCUACUCCAGGCCAAAUAGGAGGAGCAGUGAAAUUAUCUGUCUCUUACCGAAAUGGAACUCUUUUCAUCAUGGUGAUGCACAUCAAAGAUCUUGUUACUGAAGAUGGGGCUGACCCAAAUCCAUAUGUCAAAACAUACCUACUUCCAGAUACCCACAAAACAUCCAAACGUAAAACCAAAAUUACACGAAAAACUAGGAAUCCAACAUUCAAUGAAAUGCUUGUGUACAGUGGAUAUAGCAAAGAAACCCUAAGAAAAAGAGAACUUCAACUAAGUGUACUCAGUGCAGAAUCUCUGCGGGAAAAUUUUUUCUUAGGUGGAAUAACCCUGCCUUUGAAAGAUUUCAACUUGAGCAAAGAGACAGUUAAAUGGUAUCAGCUGGCUGCAGCAACCUAUUUGUAAGUGGUAAAUUUCUGAGUUUUGGAAUCAAGAAUAAUUAUAAAUGCGUGUACACAUCUACCCACGUGAACUUUGUAUAGUAUUUUUAUCCUUGGAUAGAAAUUAUCAAGUGUACUUGCUGCCUUUCAGUAUAUCUGUUGGACCAACAGUCACAUAACUAACUUUUAUGAAUUUGCUAAAGCCAUUGUUGUUUUAAAGUCAAAGCUGUAAACCCUAAAUGUAAUAUAUAACAAGGCCUGAAAAAGAUUGAGUUGGUGAAGGAUUUAAUCAUAUCUUGAAUAAUUCAGAACUACAGCUUUAUUUGGUCUGAUGGUACCAUGUUAUGUACACAGCACGUUUGCUUUCCUGUUGUGCACACUUCAUUGUCCUCACCACUAUGUUUGCAAACACCAAAGGAAAGGAAGGCUACAGACGUUACAACAGAAUAUAGCUGCUAUUCACAGGGCAGAAAAGCAAAGCACAAAAAUUAGGUAGCUACGUUAAGAACUACUAAGUAGUUUAUAGAAUUAGGGGGAAAAUAAUAUUGUUUUGUAUCAUCCAUUCAUAUUUUUAAAGCCUUUGUCAGAGUAAGUGCCAGCCACUGAAGUUGUAAAUAAUGGUGCCUUAACUUCAUAUGCUUCCUGGCACUUCCCCUGAGUUUAAAAAUAAUUAGCAGAUAGUUUUCACUCACUUUCAACUUACUAAAGACAAGAAUUAUGUACACUUACUAAUUUUUUUCUCACAGGAAGAUCAUUUCUAUGUUUCUGAUACAUGAAUUAAAAAGGCAGCCACUUGAUCUUUUUGUUGCCCAGUGAGUGAGAUUUUUCAAUGUAACCGUACACUAAAUUCUGUCAUUCCAAUACAAUCCUAUAUUCCCAGGAGUGUGAGUGUGAGUUGAAGUUUGGUAACUUCACCUUCAUGUGUUGUAUUCCACUCCUUCAUUAAACAGGUGACGUGUUCAGCCAUGUGCUCAUUCCUGUUUGCGAAAAGAACUCCUUGUGUAACAGGGCAGAUCUUCAGAGGAGGCACAGGACAAGAAUUCUAGGGUCCAGAUUGAAUUUUAAUGUAGACUUUCAUGGUGAAGUUUGUGUUAUAAUCCAUUUUACUUACAUUUGUAAACAUUGUAUAUUUAUAUGAACUACUUUCCUUAAUAUAAUGUGAUUCAGAAUCAUAAGGGACAUGAUUAAAGUUAUUCUACAGUAAUCAUUAGGAAUAAGGUUCAUUUUUUAUUAGUUAUUCAACUUUACACAGAAUUUAGUGUUUAGUUUGGAUAAAUAUGUAUAUAUAAAUAAUUCUCAUGGUUAAAGUAGAAAGACACUUUUUAAAUGGAAACAGAGAUAGUAGCUAUUAGUUGCUGUGAGAUAACUGACAAAACAUGCAAUGAAGAGUACCAAGAAAGAAAAGACAAUCUCCAAUUAAAUUGCCCAGAAUAAAAGUUUUAUGAACUGUGCAAAUGUUUCAUGUAAAUGGUGAUACCUGCAGAGAAGAAAUAGAAGAGUUGAUAAGGUAUGGGUAUCUAUGGGAUAAAAAAAAUGUAUGUAAGGUUAAAAAAAAAACUUGAAAUUUUUGGUGCCUAACACUAAUGGUCCAUUUGUAGGAAACCCCUUGAGUAUGAUAUGUGAAUGUCUUUUUUGUUGUUGUUAAAAUGUGUUGUUUAUUUAAUAAGUUAAUUAAAAUGCAGAUCAAAGCACCACUGUUUGCUUUGUCCACCUAUAGUUAACAUUUUCCUUAAAGUAUGUAAGUAUAAUUGCAAGUGUAAAGAAGUACUAGAUAUUUUCACUAAAGAUUUUGUUACCUAAUUCCAUUCCAUGAGUUAUCACUUAGUUACCAUUUUUAAAAAUAUAAGAAUUUUUAAAAAGUACUAUCUUGGGGAAAGGUCAUUGUUAAUUGGAUUCAGUGUAUAUAGCCUACAUGCAGUCUGUUACAGCAGUGUCUUUUAGCACAAUUAGUAGAGCUAGAAAAUAUAUCAAUUUUCAAUUAUAAGAAAUCUGGAUUCCUAUUUAAGAGUAUAUAUGACUAAUGCUGUACAGUUAACCAGAGUUCAAAAGAAGUGGUAAUGUUUUCUCCUAAUUUAACUCAUUUUGUGCCUUCUUUGGUCAUUAAAAAUACACUUGUGCACAUUUUACAUAUAUUUUAAUAAUGCUAUUUGUGAAAUGAUAAUUUCAGCCCUUAUCAAAAAUGGGGAAAAGGGGAGACAAAGGAGCAUCUUUGCACUACAGCUAUCAAUAGAUUAUAAAUCACUUGAUUUUUUUAAAACAUUUUUUUAGGCUUACUUUAAGAUAAAUCUGAAACAAAAGUUUAAAAAAGAAACUGGCCAAGACACUAGUUUUUAUAUAUUGUCACAAUGCUUUUAUACCUUCCUUUAUCAAGUAAAUAAUAAUUAUGAUGGUGUGUAAGUCCUGCAGUGUUUUGGGAUUUGAAAGUAAUGAUUUACUCCAAGAACCUGUUUUCUUUACUGAGGAACCCAGUGUAGAACUUGCACUGAUGUUUUUAUCUGCCUUUAUAUGAAUCUAUGAGUAUCUAAAUGUUAAGGCAUGUAUGAUCUUUGAUGAAAUAUUUUAUAUUUUCAAAUUAAAGUUGUAUAAAAGUUUUAUCUUGCCUUAAAUUGACUGUUCUUUCUAGAAUUUAAAUUGCAGCAUUUAAAAAACAUGAUUUUGAUAUUUAGACUUCAAAAGGAUCUAAAGCCCUAUUACCAUAAUCCAUAGGUUUACUUUCAUACUAGCAAGUAUGAAAAUGAAUAUGGCAAUUAGUUUCAUCUAUAAGAACCAAAUACUUUAAUUAUAUUAAAGUAGUGAGAAAAGAUGUAUAAUAUUUUUAUUAAUAACUUGAAUAUAUUCAGUGAAUUGAAGGUGACUUCAUAACUGUACUAUAAUUGUAUUAAAAUACUUUUGGAAUA